AUGUCCUCACAAGAGCUCUUAGAAUUUCGCCGGAAGGUUCAAGGCACAUGGCAAUUGCUAAGUUAUCGCGCUGAACCACUGAACAAUGACGAUCCUAUCUAUCCGUUCACGAAGGAUGCUCAAGGCAUCGUGAUAUAUUCGUCUGAUGGUUACAUGUCUGCGCAACUGAUGGCGCCAAGGCGAGUGCCAUUCCAUACACCAGAUCGUCUAUGUGGUACCGAAACCGAGCUUGCCGAUGCUAUGAGAUCCUACAUGGCGUACUCUGGGAAAUUCGAAGUGUAUCUAGACUCUGAUGGACGCCCCUGUCUUCUUCAUACUAUGCAGGUGUCAUCCUUUCCAAAUUGGAUAGGUGAUACUCAGGAACGUUCGGCACACAUUACUGAAGACAUUUUAACUUUAAGUCCAAUCCAGCCUGUGGGUCUUGCGGGAAAGCUUGUACGGCCUGUCCUGCGACUCAAAAAGAUUACGUAA